AUGCAGGCCCUGCUUCAGGCAUUGGUGGUGGCCAACUCCCACCUAGCUAAGUUUACUCAGCACUAUAAGCUCCAUUUCCAGUUGCGCGGGAAUGCAUCCCAGCAGCUUACAAUUCAAGCCUCCAUGCCCAUCCAUGCAGACCUUUUUGAGGCCUAUGUAGGGGCAUUGUUUCAAGAGCAGGGCUUGAAUCCUGUUUACAGCUUCCUAUCUCAGGCCCUCGGUCCCUCUAUUUCAUUGGCUUAUGAAGUGGUAAAAGGAAACUAUGUUGAAGGGUUUGUUGCUUCCACACAAGCCAGGCUUGUUUUCUCUUCCUAUGUUGGGGGAUCUGAUAUCCCACCUGCACCCCUUAUGGCCCACCCUCUUCCAUUUACAGAUGAGUCUGGGUGCACAAGCUUGCUCAACCAGCACUUUACUCAGCAGCACAAGCACCUGGACUGGGAGUUCUCUCCUCCUGGUGGGUCAGCCUCUGCCCCUGUGUGGGAGGUGAAAGCUGUGGAAAGGGGAGGAAGUGUGUUGGCAACGGCAACAGGAGCCACCAAGAAGACUGCUAAGAAUAUAGCAGCUAGAAGGGCAUUGAUUGCCUUGGGAGUCCUCCAGGCCCCCUCUACUCCACAAAUCGGCACAGAGAAUGCUUAG